UUUCCCUGGAAGCAAGUCGGGCUCUUCACACCGUCCGUGGGUGGAAGACCUUUGGGAUGUUCUCAGAAGCAUCAGGUGGGAGGGAAAAGAGGACAUCGUCCGGUAUAUUAAUGUCCGGCGUCGGUCCAAAGGGACACACGGUCCAGCUUCAUCCUAGAAGACGGGAGAGAAGGACGGAGAGAAGACUCCAGCCAUGGCCGCCCUCAAGACCGCUCUCGCCCUGGCCUUCCUCAUGGCUCUUUCUUCCCAACACAUCGCAGCCAUGUGUCCCAGCUGCCCCAAGGAGUGUUGCUUUGAAUUCCACUCCGGAAACCCUCUCCGCGCCACCAGCGUCGCCUCUUACUACAGGACGGACCCUGAAUGCAACCGGGAGGCCGUGGUGUUUGUCAUGAAGAGCACCAAACGGAUCUGCGUGUCACCGGAGGCGCGUUGGGUGAGAAGGCUCUUGCCCAAACUGCAAGAAAUGAAGUGAGGAGGAGGCCAAAGAAGCAGAUCCCAAGCAACAACCAAGCUGUGGUUUUGGACUCUUCUUCUGCUGCUGCUUUCCUUUUGCAUUUCGUGCGUUGCGUCACUAAGUGGCGAACAGACUCUGCUCCUGAAUAGUCUGAGAGCACUGAAGACCAUCUAAUCACUCUAUGUUCCUCAUUUUUCUUGGGAAUCGUAGUUUAUGGGCUGCUUAAAACAAUAUCUUUUGAUGUCUAGUUAAGGGGACGGGGGACAACGUGGUGGGUUGUGCUCAACACUCCAGACAUUAGCUCCAUGGCCUUUCGGUAUAUAACGCUAUGUAACCAAAUUUGGAAAAUGUUCUGUUCCUGGUUCGAAAGUGUUAUUUCCUGUUUGAUUGUGCGGUUGUGACUUUGAAAGUAGUUGUUCUCCUCCAGAAACUUUGUUUUUGUGGCAGAAACAGUGUUGAAUGGGUUGCAACUCGAUGAGAUAUUGAUUGAAAAACAAGAGCAAAAUGUGCUGCCGGAUGAUGAUGUCCCGCCCACAAAAACAAAGUUUUGGUAGUUUAAUAAACUUUCCACAUAUUUUUUUUUAUCAUAGAACCAAUUUGGAAAUGACAUUGAUCACCCAGGAACAAAAAUCCCGUUGCACAGUAAAAUCAAAUAUGCAAAAACCAGCGAAUGUGGAAGACCGAUUGUACUUAUUACAAUCACGUACAUCUAUAUAUACUGAAUACCAUGCUCUCCAAGGCCUGCAUGCCACUCCAAUUCCUAGGAUUUCGGCACUGCCUUGGCUGGGGAUUCUGGGUUCUGUAGUCUAAGGAAAUAAUAUUUUUUCAACCAUGUUUGUUUACAUUCCUGCAGCCCUUAUAGUCUUGGCCUUUGGCUUCAUCAUGAUUCAUAAACAUUGUGGGUUUCCAUUCUCCGAAAACUUCCUCAAAUGUCACACAAUCAAAAGAGUCUGAUCUAUUAUUCUGAAGAGUUGGGCUGGGUGCAACUUUGCACUGAUGUUGCACUUAAAACUUCCUUAUCUUUACGGGCAUUUGGUAGAAUUGUACAUUGAAUGCACUGCUUUGAAAUAUAUAUAUAUUCAGCAAAGUAUAAGCUAAAAUAACCAUUGCAAAAUAAAGCUGAUUGCCUACCAUA